AUUGCACUUCCGAUAGUCAGUCUCAGAGAAAACGCGUAACGACUGAGUGCUGUAACAGUAGAUCGCAGUUAAAACGAAUACCUUCGAACUAAAUAUAAUUAUAAAUUGUAAAUAUAAGAGCGGAAAUGAAAAUCAACUGCAUUUUCCAGAAAUAAAUCAUAAUUUGUUGAUGAUAACCGUUGGAAAUAGAUACAAGUCCGCUAGAUGGACUGUGGGGGUAUCAGUUAUUGUUGAUUACAGUCACCACUUGUUUCUGUGCAAAUAGUGCAAGGUAGUGAAGUGAAAGUUGACUGAGUUUUUUAAUCGUUCCGAGAUUUACAUUAUUCGAUUAACUGGUCAUAAUUUUUCGGGUGUUAUAUAGCCGAAAACCAGUUGAAGCUGAAGUUCGAGUAUUGAUUGGCUUAUGGUCGAAAUUUUAAUCGAAAAAGUGAACUGUGUGUAAUAAGAGUGGCAUCCGGCUGGUGUGUUAAGUACACAGGGACCCCGGUUUUAAUCUGGAUCUAAACCUAGAGAAUAUCGUGUUGAGUAGUGCUAGACUGCCAAGAGAUAUUUUAAAGGACCUUUGAAUUUGCUGAAGAAUUGUUGAAGAUAAACAAAGAUGAUUUCCCGGAAUAGUGUUUUCAUCUUAAUCUACUUGGCUGUGGUACUUCGUCUGGAAUUGACUGCAGCAACACCUCUCCCACCUAACAAAGUUUAUGAACGUUCCGUCAAUCCACCCAUUGUCUUCAAAGCGCCAGCAGGAUCAAAUUACUUAGAUAAUUCCAUCAAUCCUGAUUCCCAGAACUUUGCUCUUCGCGAUGUACAUGGGACUAUAACACAGGUGCAGAAGAUAUUGGAAUCGGAUCCCACACUGCCGCGACUGACAAGAGGUGAAAUCGAAGAUCUAUUUGAAGAAGUCACCAAAGAAGAAUAUGAAAAAAGCAUUCAAGCUGGCGACUUAUCACGAGCGAAACAUAUGCGAGCACUAAUGCUUGUGCUUCCAUUUAACGCCAACCAUACAUCUUCCAAUGAUUUACAGGAGCUUUAUAAUCGCCCACCAAUCACCAAGGUCAUCUCUAACGAACCCAAGGAAGAGAAGAAGCAGAAAAUAGUAAUCCCUUCUGGAAAAGUUGAAAUCGUUAACGUGAACAAGCAAGAUCCGACCACCUACAAGCCGAGCUUUAGGAUAAAACCCCUAAAAACAAUACCAGAUCCGACAACCUACCAUCCGAAACCAACAACAGUCAGGACCAUCACUACUGACUAUUUCGUAACUCCUACUCCUCGAACAACCACGACAACGCUAAUCUCAACUCCUUCAAACUCUCCCGUAUUCGCACCUUCCUUCGAAGGAACCCAAAACCGCUUCAGUAGUCACUACAGUUCUGAACAAAGCGAUUUCGAUUCGGCUCCAUUUAAGCCGAUUCCAACAAACUCAAAACCAAUCGAUCCUGAACUAGAGGAAAUCCUCAAAAGUCUGGGAUUCUCGGCACAAUCGCAGUCAAAGAAAAGGUUCAAGCUUGACGAACCACCGCCAGAGGAGUUGAGCAAACGAAUGCUAUCAAGCACAAUUCGAAAAGACGACCUUCCAGAGCCUUUCGCUUUCCUACCUGCCGCCCCAACGAUAUCCGCCCAAGACUUCACGAAAGGUCUCUCCCCAAGUAUUUCACCACGUGAUUUUGGAACAUUCAAACCCAUCCCAGAGGCUUCAGGAGAAGUCCCUGCUGAUCUAGAGACUUACUUGAAGAAAUUCGGACUUUUUCCGCCGUUUGAAAGUCGAUCUCAGAAAGCGCUGAGAGAAUCCCUUACUAAGAUAAGUGACCGAAUUGACGUGAAUGUUGGAGAUGAAGACCGAAAGGACACCAGCAACCCUGAAUUUAAAAAGAACACAUUCAAGCCAUCUGACACCGAUGAGGAAGACUACAAGAAACUUCAAGAACUGUUGAAGACGUUGCAAGAACUUCAACGCUUGAAUUCAACCCUUAAUAAAGACGCCCUGGAGAAACUUGACCCAAGGUAUUUCAACUUGAGUGAAACAUUACUAGCACAAGGACCUAAUCCGAUUCUCGAAAAUGAACUGGAUCUGUCAAAGAACGAAAUCAAGCGUCAAACCGAAAGUCCAGAACCCACGAAAUACAGUCUCGACUUGAACGUUGAUGAAACAAAUCAACCCGCUGAAACCACAACCCCAACAAGUGCUUCAGAAACUACCACAGAAAGUAACUCCAUAUCGAACACCGAAAUCGAUAAAAUAUUCGUCGUCACCCCAGAACCAAAUUUCAAAUUCCCUGCGACAACUGCCACUACAACAACGGAGGAGGCUCCUCGAAAUAACGCUGCUGAAUUAGGUGACUCGUUUGCAGGUGGUUUGGGAGAUGCUGAAAACGCUGAGCCACUACCACCGCCACGGAGAAAUGGAUUCUAUUUCCUGUCUGACUGGAAUUCAUUCCUGGAAGUUGGCGAGGAUCCUGAUAAAAUUAUAGUUCGAUUUGAUCCGAAGGUUGGGGAUCCAAGUAGAUUUAUACCGGUCAAUGUGCCGUAGAUGAAUUUGAAGUGGGGGUAGUCCUACAAUAGGUUUAAAUUGUAGCUUUUAGAUUUAAGACUGCGCUUUUGUACAUAACGAUUUCGGAUAUCAUUUGAUAUCGUUUAGAUUUUAGAGAUUAAAUUAAUAAUGGAAUAUCUAUUAAUUUAUAUUGAAGAGAAGAAUAAAAAUUUUAAUGAAA